AUUGAUAGGCAGCAGUUUGAAGAGACUGUCCGAACACUGAAUAACCUCUAUGCAGAAGCUGAAAAACUUGGGGGCCAGUCUUACCUUGAAGGGUGUCUCGCCUGUCUGACUGCCUAUACCAUCUUCUUGUGCAUGGAAACACAUUAUGAAAAGGUUCUAAAGAAAAUUGCCAAGUUCAUUCAGGAACAGAAUGAGAAGAUCUAUGCUCCUCAGGGCCUCCUUCUGACAGACCCCAUUGAAAGAGGACUAAGAGUUAUUGAAAUUACCAUUUAUGAAGACAGAGGUAUGACCAGCGGAAGAUAAAACUGUGGAGUCUCAGAUAGCUCAACAGUGGACUUGCUGUAUCAAAGUUCCCCUACCUCCUACUUUAGAGCAUCAUUCCUUUCUCUGCUGCCAGAUCCACAGUGCCAUCUACUACAAGGACUAACUUCCUAAAACUGUUCCACAUGGGGUGACCUAGCUGGUCAGCAUCCAUUUUGUGGCAAACUUUUAAGCAAUGAGAUCACUUUUUAGUUUGUUUGUUUGUUUGUUUUCCAAGAAAAAGCAGAAGUGGUAAAGCUACGUACUCUUUUGAAAAAAACGGGGCACUUGGCCCAACAGAAGUCUAGUUCUAGUCACAUAAGUGCAGUGCUGUUCCUCCCUAGUUCUUAAACCCUUCUGUACAUCAAUCAGGCUUUGGAAAGCUACAAGUCAGAGUUGGGAAUUUUCCAGAAACAAGGCCUUCCCUCCAGUUCAGUAUUGGAGUGAGGGGUUACACAGUGCCUCUGCCUGGCGAGAAGUGAUUCAAGGCACCAAGCAUUUUAUGUUUCCUGUGCUGAUUCUCAUGGAAAACCAGAAGGCAAAGUGUUACUUGUUUAAUGUUUUGGUUCUUCCUAGAAGGGGGAGGAAUAGCCGGACUUUAAUACUGGUGUUUUUUCUACUGCUGUAUCUGUGCUGUUAUUGCAUCUGUCAGUGCUCACCAGAAGAGGGGGGUGUAUUCAUUCAUAAAACAGUAAGUACAAUAAAAUGGAUGCUGAACCAAUAAACAUAACAAUUCCUACCCUACUCUGAUUAAUAUGUGAAGUGUAAAACUGUUUCUUUAUGGAUUUAUUAUAUAUAAUUUAUAGGAAAGCAUUGAUUUGACAAACUGUUAGAUAUUGUGUAAGAUGGUUUCUUAAUUCCAUCUGCUGGCACUCUAUUGAAAAGUAGAACUGU